GAAGCUCUGAAGUUCAAUGCGCACAACUCUGGUGUCACUGCUAUCACGUUCUCUCCAGACGGAAGAUACAUCAUCUCUGGCCACACGGAUGGCACUAUCAUCAUUUUCGAUUUCCAGGCGAGAAACGAAGUGUCGAAGGUCAAGAUACAUGAAGGGUGGAUCUGGGCCAUGGUGUUCUCACCUGAUGGAAAUUACGUUGUUUCUGCAGAUAUAGAGUGGAACGUCUUGAUUUGGGAUUUUCAGGCCCGCACGAUCAAAUGCGUGCUUGAUAAACCCAAACAUACCAUCUCCUUCCUCGACUUCUCCGCCGAUGGCAUGUUCGUUAUAGGUCAUAGUUCUCAGCACGGUAUCGACAUAUGGAGUGCUCAGACGGGAAAAUUGGUC